AUGUCUCGCAAACGCGGUCAAGAGCUCCCUGUGACUCGUCGAGCUCAAAUAAUUACACUACACAAUGAGGGCAAUUCAUAUCCUGAAAUACUUGCAAAAACUGGUGUUCCCCCAUCUGUGGCAUGCAAAACUGUUAAACGUUGGGAAACAUACGGCACCCUUGCCUCCUUGCCUCGAUCUGGCCGCCCACGCAAAUUCUCACCUCGAUUGUGCCGUCUAGUCAUUUGUACCCUCCUUUGCCAUCGUUUUGAGCCAUAUUCAUCUAUUGCUACUAGAGUAGGUAAUGGCCUUACUGCUGUGCAAGUCAAGUACAUUGCCCAGAGCCGGCGCUACCGCCGAUAUGUUGCACGCCGAAAGCCAUUCUUAGAUAAGCAAAAGGUCCUAAAGCGUCUAGAAUGGGCUUGCGUGAACCGGUUUAGGAACUGGGAUGAAGCCAUUUGGACUGACAAGCUCCAGUUGGGGACCGGCGAUCACUCAGUUCACCCAAUGGUCACCCGGAAACCCGGAGAGGCAUAUCUCCCGGAAUGCCUAGCCCCAACCUUUCAAAGUGGCCAUGAAGCAUUAAUGGUAUGGGGGUGUAUCUCCCAUGGGUAUAAGGGGCCACUUAUCCAACUGGAGAUGGCUCCCCGGCUGCAAUUGCGUAAUGGGAGGUGGAGGGGGGGAGGGUUCAACUCAGAAGGAUAUGUUAUGCAGGUCCUAAAUGGUCCACUUAAGGACUUCAUUGCACAGAUGGAGAAAGUCAAGGGACACAGGAUGCUAGUAGUUGAAGAUGGGGCCCCGGCACACAAAGGAAAGCUAGCCAAACAGGCUUGUGAAGAACUUGGUAUUAAACACAUUGCACACCCCCCAAGUUCACCAGACCUAAACCCAAUAGAACCAUUAUGGAUGGAACUUAAGCGACGUGUGUACAGUACCCCUGGGGCCCGAAGAAGUCUUGAGCACCUUUGGAAUGCCACUGAAGCUGCCUGGAAAUCCUUCACAGCAGAUGAUAUCAAUAAGUACACACGGAAAAUGCCAUCUUGGGUAACAGCUUUAGUUAAGUCAAAGGGACUCCCAACAAAAUUCUAA